AUGCCCAGGCUAAACCAGAUCAAACCCUCUCAGAUCAAACCCUCUCAGAUCAAACCCUCUCAGAUCAAACCCUCUCAGAUCAAACCCUCUCAGAUCAAACCCUCUCAGAUCAAACCCUCUCAGAUCAAACCCUCUCAGAACAAACCCUCUCAGAACAAACCCUCUCAGAUCAAACCCUCUCAGAACAAACCCUCUCAGAACAAACCCUCUCAGAUCAAACCCUCUCAGAUCAAACCCUCUCAGAUCAAACCCUCUCAGAACAAACCCUCUCAGAACAAACCCUCUCAGAUCAAACCCUCUCAGAACAAACCCUCUCAGAUCAAACCCUCUCAGAUCAAACCCUCUCAGAUCAAACCCUCUCAGAACAAACCCUCUCAGAACAAACCCUCUCAGAUCAAACCCUCUCAGAUCAAACCCUCUCAGAACAAACCCUCUCAGAACAAACCCUCUCAGAUCAAACCCUCUCAGAACAAACCCUCUCAGAUCAAACCCUCUCAGAUCAAACCCUCUCAGAUCAAACCCUCUCAGAUCAAACCCUCUCAGAUCAAACCCUCUCAGAUCAAACCCUCUCAGAACAAACCCUCUCAGAACAAACCCUCUCAGAUCAAACCCUCUCAGAUCAAACCCUCUCAGAACAAACCCUCUCAGAACAAACCCUCUCAGAUCAAACCCUCUCAGAACAAACCCUCUCAGAACAAACCCUCUCAGAUCAAACCCUCUCAGAUCAAACCCUCUCAGAACAAACCCUCUCAGAACAAACCCUCUCAGAUCAAACCCUCUCAGAACAAACCCUCUCAGAUCAAACCCUCUCAGAUCAAACCCUCUCAGAUCAAACCCUCCUCUCAGAUCAAACCCUCUCAGAUCAAACCCUCUCAGAUCAAACCCUCUCAGAUCAAACCCUCUCAGAUCUCAAACAAACCCUCUCAGAUCAAACCCUCUCAGAACAAACCCUCUCAGAUCAAACCCUCUCAUCAAUCAAACCCUCUCUCAGAACAGAUCAAACCCUCUCAGAACAAACCCUCUCUCAGAUCAAACCCUCUCAGAACAAACCCCUCUCAGAUCAAACCCCUCUCAGAUCAAACCCUCUCAGAUCAAACCCUCUCAGAUCAAACCCUCUCAGAUCAAACCCUCUCAGAACAAACCCUCUCAGAUCAAACCCUCUCAGAUCAAACCCUCUCAGAACAAACCCUCUCAGAACAAACCCUCUCAGAUCAAACCCUCUCAGAACAAACCCUCUCAGAACAAACCCUCUCAGAUCAAACCCUCUCAGAUCAAACCCUCUCAGAACAAACCCUCUCAGAUCAAAACCCUCUCAGAACAAACCCUCUCAGAACAAACCCUCUCAGAUCAAACCCUCUCAGAUCAAACCCUCUCAGAUCAAACCCUCUCAGAACAAACCCUCUCAGAUCAAACCCUCUCAGAACAAACCCUCUCAGAUCAAACCCUCUCAGAUCAAACCCUCUCAGAACAAACCCUCUCAGAUCAAACCCUCUCAGAUCAAACCCUCUCAGAUCAAACCCUCUCAGAUCAAACCCUCUCAGAUCAAACCCUCUCAGAACAAACCCUCUCAGACACCCCUCAACAAAAACCCUCUCAGAACAAACCCUCUCAGAACAAACCCUCUCAGAUCAAACCCUCUCAGAACAAACCCUCUCAGAUCAAACCCUCUCAGAACAAACCCUCUCAGAUCAAACCCUCUCAGAUCAAACCCUCUCAGAUCAAACCCUCUCAGAUCAAACCUGA